AUGACAAAAGAUUACAAAACUCUGGAUAUAGAUCCAAACAAACUCAGUGAACCAGGUGAUGGCAUAAACGGGUCCCAGAAGCAUGAUGGUCCACAAGGAUAUACUUCCUAUGAAUAUACAAAGUCUGGAGGAGAAUCAUUCGAACUCAGAUUUAUUUCAUAUGAAAACGAGAAGUACCUUCCUUUUCUUCCACCAAAAGGAAAAAUCUCAAAAGUCACAAUCUACUACGCAAACAGAGGGACUAUUCUCUUGGCUGUACAGAUUGCCACCGAAAAGGAUAGAAACUAUUACUACAUAUGCAAAGAUGUCAGUAAAACUGUAGACGAGGAUUCGGAGUUUUAUGAGUUUGUAGAAAAUGGAAAGAAGAGACUCACUAAUCAGGAUAUUAGGACAAUCCUACAAAAGGUAGAAACUAACAAGUUUUACUAUGAACAACUUUCGAAUGAUCUUAGAGGGAAGCUUUGGAGAAAAAACGAUUCUACUGUAGAUAUUAGCAGAUAUCCUGGAGGAUCUGGGAAUAAAAAAGUUCGACAAGAUGCUAAAGGAGGAUAUUACUACACCAAUGAAGUUGGUGUAAGAGUUAAUCUAACGGUGGAAAAUUACCCUGAUAGAGAUGGCUCAUACACUAAACUUACGCAUACUCCUGAAAAUGGUGAACUUGGAACUAUAAAGCAUGGUAGAGGUUUUUACUUCCUAAGACCAGAACCAACGGAUGAAUCCAGUGUUUCCGUCUAUUACUGGAAAUAUGACACUACUCAUGAAAAGGUUCUCCUAAUUCAGCUUGGUGAUGGAGACCCCUCAGUCUACUAUACUACUAGUAGCAGUACUAAUGGUAUUGUGUGGAAAAACGAUGAACAUUCCAAGAUAAAAGAGGAUUCUCUGAAGGAGCUGAAUAAGCAGAACUGUUUGAGAAAUGAAGCACACGCUAUAAAUAUAUCAGAAAAAAGUGAAUCUUAUCAAUGUCCUAGUUGUACAAAAUACAAAAUCGAUAUAUUACUUGAUCGUGAAAAGCAAUAUUAUAUUCAUAGUUUUACUGUAACUAAAAAUAAAGAAUCACCUUCCAUUUCCAGAUUCUUUGAAGGGGAUUUAGAACAAACUGGAUUCCCAUUUGUAGCCGGUAUGAAUAACAUAUGUGUUUAUUGGUCUGAAGAUAGUAGUAAGCCCUCCCUCAUCUACUUCUUUAUUGGAGGCUACCACUGGUACAGUAGAUAUCUGGGAGAGACUUUCUGGGAAAAGGAGACAAGCUUGAAGAAUUCUCAGGCUAGUGAGAAGAGCAAUAUUCCAAAUAUCCUCAAGAAAUAUGCUACACCUAAAGUAAUUUUAGAUGCUUCUCAUACCGAGGAAGGUAAAACGACGUAUAGUCCAAGAAGAAACACCCUAACGUUCAGAGUGUCCAAAGACACUGUUGAACAAUCUUACUCUCAGUAUACCCACUCUAAAUAUCAGGAUAAUAAAGGUUUUAAGCUAAAGAAUAUUGAACAUAAAGGGAACUUACUUGGUAUAAACUCCGAUGAUCUUCUAACUGAUGUAACCGUGUUUUAUUGGAAUAAGGAUGAAAAUCACUAUAAACCACUGUUAAUAGAACUGAAGUUGCAAACUCCAACUACAUACAAGUACUACCAGAAACUUGGUAAGAAUGUUGUAUGGACAGAAUAUCCUAGAUCGGAAGCAACUACUCAACUUCUUAAUGAAGAUCUCAAGAAAGAACUUGACAGACUAAAGGAGAUACACUUUCCUGAUUCUGGACUUGGUACAGGUGCUAAAGCAGGAAUUGGUAUUGCAAGUGUACUAGGUGGUGGAACUGCCAUCGGUGUUACUGUCUGGAAAUGGCCUUCUAUACUCUCAUUUAUAAUCACCCGUGUGUAG